ACAGGCGCACUUUACCCUCCGGCCGACCAGUUUAAUGCAAUAACAGCACACAUUACAUUGCCCCCCCCCCCCCCCGCUCCGAGUCAUGCAAGGGACUCCGUGAUGUCAACAGAGCAGGAUAAAGACGCGCUGUCUCUCAAAAGAAACAGAGGUGGAGACGGUGGGCUGGAUGGUUUAGCAGGGCCGGGUGUACUACUGGCGAGCCCAGAUAAGAAAAAGCGCAAGUCAAACACUCAGCCGGCCUCGUUCCCCCCCCUCUCUGAAUAUGCCCCACCCCCUAACCCAAGUGCGGACCACCUGGUGGCUUCCAACCCCUUUGACGACAGCUACAAUGCGCCGUCGUUCAAGCCACUGCCUUCCGGAAACGCGUAUCCCGGCCACUCGCAUUACCCGGGCUUGAGCAGCUACGCCCCCCACAGGAUGCCCCCCCACGUGCCUCCCCGCGUCCCCUCUCCUUAUGGGGGUCCUUACCAGGUGCGAAGUCAGCUGCACCCAUUUGCUCAGAACCAGAUGGGCAUGGGGUUUGUCAGGGCGCCGGGAUUCGGCUACCCGCACCCUGAGAGCACCGCUUACGGGAAUCAGCCGGGGUUUAAUACCGGUGUUCCCCUGGCUCGCAGUCAGCCCUACAGAGCCAGUCACGGAGACGCCUUCAGCCAGGGGCCCCCCCAGAUGCUGAACCGAGGCACAAAUUGCGACGGCCCCGCGUUUGGCCCAGAGGGCAGUGUUGGUGUGAACGUGGCCAUGCGGACCUGUGUGGACCCCAGAGCGGGCUUCGCGCUGCAGCAGAGCAACCAGCAGCCUGAGCCUCCUGUGCCCAAACAGGAGCUGGGCGAGGCCGCAGGCAGGGGCGUGUCUCACGGCAGCUCCCCCCAGAAACAGGGCCCUAUUUUAGAGGAGAGAUCCUGUCACGAGGCAGCCCCCGACCUGAAGGCAAAGGGCAGAAACGCCCCCGUCUGCCAGGAACCAGCCCACCCUCACGCCAUAGAUAAGCUCAACGGCAUCAUCUCCCCCAGCGCUGAUGCCUUGAAAAACUCCCCCCAGCCAUGUGGCCCCAAAGAUGUGCCCCCCCGGGCGGGCCGGAAGCGACACGGCAGUGGGGGGGGCGGCGGCAACAAGACCGUGGUGAAACCCAGCAGGCCGGGCCCCUGCUCCGCGGACCCCAUCUACCCGUGCGGGAUCUGCCUGAACGAAGUGAACGAUGACCAGGAAGCCAUCAUGUGCGAAGCCUCGUGCCAAAAGUGGUUCCACAGGAUUUGCACGGGAAUGACUGAGACGGCGUACAACCUGCUGACGGCAGAGGCCUCGGCCGUGUGGGGCUGUGACGUUUGUAUGGAGGACAAGGGGGCACAGCUCCUGAGAACCAGGGACCUGGCCGCUCCGCCUGCGGUCACUAGUGAGGGGUAACGGGCCCCACUGAAGACUGGCCCUACUUUCCUCUUUGCUUGAAUUCCUUCUGCCUAUCUUGCUCUUAUUUUCUUAAUUAAUGUUGCAUUUUUCUUAUUCUUGCAUUCUUCCUUGGUUUUACGGUUCUUUCCCCGGUGGUGAGCACACUCGUUUAGUCAGGAAUUCCACUUGCAGUCUCUCUUAGAGUCUGUCUCUCCUUUAUGAUACGGCCUGUUUUUACUUCUAGGUUUGUCUUAGUGGCAAAGUGUAACUUCCCCCCCGUUAAAGUCUCGGCAGAAUGACUAUCUUUCUUUAUGCUGUUAGAGUUUGCUUUGGAAUCAGUCUCUGGUCUAAUAUUUUACACUAACCCCUUAUGGAUGUUUUCAAUGUGGUUCUGUAGUGCAUAAUGAAGGUAGAUGGCCAUUUUUAUGCAGACAUCUAAGGAGGUAAACACAAUUAGUUACUGUGUGAUGUUUAAUUACUGUCUCGGCUUCCCCUAAUUUAACAAUGUGUUUGUAUUUAUUUUGUAUCAGAUUUAUUCUUCUGAAAUUCUUCUUUUUAGUGAGUUGUCAUUUACAAUUUAGAGGGUUUUGCAUUAUCACAAUACUGAAAAUACCAGACAGUGAUCUGUUCUUUCCUGCAAUGGAUAACCGCUUACAUGCUCUUCCUAAUGGAGAAUUCUGUUAUCCGGUAAAUGACAAUGACUGGAAUAGUGGCGUAAUGUUAACAGUAAGGAUUACUGUUGUGUGAGAGGGAGGGUCUCCAUAGCUUUUCAUAACAGUGAAUUUGUGUGUGUGUGUGUGUGUGUGUGUGUGUGUGUGUGUGUGUCAGCUUGGUCAAUCCUCUGACCGUUUCUAAAAAUACAGAGGAUGAAAAUAUUUUGAAAGUUUGGUAACACUUAAAGCCAUGAUUUUAUUCAUUUCUAAACACAUAAAAAAAGUCAUCUAUAGUGCAUUAUGGAUGGAUGCUUCAUUAAGAAUUCAUAAUGCAUAAU